AUGGACCGUCUAGAACAGCUCGGCAGUCAAAUCUCCCAGUUGACCAUGUACGACGUCAAGUCAUUCUACAACCAGGCGAGGAACUAUGUACUUAAUGUCAGCGAAAUGGAGGGGAAAGUGCGAGAAGCCACUAAUGACGACCCAUGGGGGGCAAGUUCAACGCUCAUGCAAGAGAUCGCUCAAGGCCAGCAAUUCAACGAGAUCAUGCCCGCAAUCUACAAUCGCUUCAUGGAGAAAGAGGCUCGCCAAUGGAGGCAGAUCUACAAGGCACUCCAACUUCUCGAAUACAUAGUUAAGCAUGGGAGUGAGCGCGUCGUGGACGAUGCUCGUGCUCACCUUGCCACGAUCAAAAUGCUACGAAACUUCCACUACAUAGACGACAAAGGCAAGGAUCAAGGUGUUAACAUCCGUAAUCGAUCCCGCGAGCUGGCCGAGUUACUGCAAGAUGUUGAGAAGAUUCGCACCGAACGCCGGAAGGCAAAGACGAACAGAAACAAGUACGUUGGUACCGGUAAUGAAGGAUCGAGCUUCGGGAGCAGUGGACGUUAUGGCGGCUUCGGGAGUGAUAGUGUCAGCCCUGGAUACACCGGCUAUGGUAAUGAAAGCGGUGGUUACAGCGGAUCGACGUAUGAUCGAGAUUACGGCGGCUCCUCGUCCGAGUUCAGAGAUCAGACGGCCCGCCGUGGAUUCGAUGAAUACGACGCGGGUGAUGACGAGGAAGCUGCUCAUCCGCGUUCCUCCAUCUCCGCUACAAGGCAAUCCACAAGUGAUCCUAUUGCGCCGCCUCCCCCUCCGGCAGCUGCCAAGCCGAAAGAGGUUAAUUUACUGGAUAUGCUUGAAGAUGAUACGACGGUAUCGGUUGGACGCGCGCCUGCUGCCGUUCCCAGCGCGCCCGCUGGAGAUUUCGACGAUUUCGAUGACUUCCAGGCAGCCCCCAUGAGUCCUCAUGUUGGUGUUUCCUCGGUUCCUGCAGCUCCCGCUAAGACCGGUGGUGCUGGUUUAUUUGAUCUGCUCGACAGCACGCCCGCUCCCGCCCGCACUGCUUUUAGCCCGCCAAUGACCACAUCUGCUCCAAGUAUGAUGGCGACACAACCUCAGCGCCCAAUGAUGCCGGCGGCGCCUAUGCAGUCUUUUACAUCGAACAACUCGGGAAUGCUCCCCUCGGCCCUGACCGGCCCUGCAAAGGUUGGCCCGUCUGCGGCUACGACUACGACUGCUUCUAAGCCCGCUGGGGCCUUCGAUGAUCUCUGGAGCAUGUCGCUCGGAUCGUCUGCCCCGAAGCCAACCAGCACCGCUGUCAACAACGGCAACAAGUCGAUGCUUGAUCUUCAGCGUGAAAAGGCACAAGCGAACCUGUGGGGUCAGGCCGCAGGCGGCACUGGCACUACGACGAAGCCGGCGGGAUCCGGUGGAUUCGAUGACCUGUUGCUGUAG